AGCCCCUACAGUAUUACAUUUUCUCCUAUCUUUGGGGAAAGGUCUAAACACUCAAGUGGUGUGGAUCCUAGUUCUAGUGUACCCAAGGAAGUCUCAGAUGGAACAGCAACUCCAGCCAAGAAGUUCUGGAGAACUGGAAGACUCCGUUAGAAAGAGGGAUUGUCUCCUGGACCACAGACUCAAUCCCAUUCAUACACUACCUUAGAUCCUUAUGUGCACACUGCAGAUAUCUGAGAAUGCAUUCAAGGAUUGCAGAUUGAGAAAUAGCUCCAUAAACUCCCAAUCUGGCCGCCAUGAAAAAUUUCCGAAGGAGACUCAUCAUUAUUGCAACAGCGGUAGUUUUCUCAAUCUUCUGUUUCAUUAAUGAAAACCCCUUUGAUACUACAAGUUUCCUGUCUUUGGAGGAAAAGAAGCUGGUAAGUUGGCAGAGAAUCCGGAUGCAGAUCACAUCUGAUGGAACAAAAUACCUCAAAGCCUUCAAAGAUAUGCAGAAAAAUUCAGAACCACUAAAAAAUGUGAAAUCCCACAUCUUGAUUGGAGCCCUUCCCAUGGAAAAAAAACUGCUGACCAUAGGAAUUUCCUCAGUGCAGCGUCCCCAAGGGAGCUACCUCUUGGACACCCUGCAUUCCCUCUUCUUUGCUUCUUCCUUGAGUGAGCAGAAAUACUUCAUUGUUGUGGUACACCUGGGAGAUCCUGACUCCAAAUGGCUUGAUAAAAUGACCUCCAGCAUCUCCAUCCUCUUUAAACAACAUAUCCAGGCCAGGCAGCUAGUAGUGAUCAAUACUCCUGCUGAAAGCUAUAAUCCUUUGAAGAACCUUAAGAAAACCUUUAAUGACACCUCUGCCUAUGUAGCUUUUCGCUCCAAGCAGAACAUGGAUUACGCCUUCCUCAUGAACUUUGCUACCAACCACUCUGAUUACUUCCUGAUGCUUGAAGAUGAUGUAAAAUGUGCCCCAGAAUUUGUCACCCAGAUUGUCACCACACUCUCUGCCUGGGAAAGGAAAUUUUGGGUGAUUCUGGAGUUCUCUCAGCUGGGCUUCAUUGGAAAACUCUUUCACACGAAAGACCUCCCUUAUUUUGUUCGUUUCCUUCUUCUCUUCUACCAAGAAAGGUCCUGUGACUACCUUUUGUCCCAUUUUCGUGACCUUCGCAUGCAGCAAAAACCAAUCCGAUUUUCCCCCUCCCUUUUUCAGCAUGUGGGCAGUUACUCAUCCUUUGACGGCAAAUUCAAUAUCCUCAAAGAUAAAGAAUUUGAGGAUGAUGACAUUGGCCUUCCCAGUAACCCUGCUGCCACCAUUUAUACCAACCUUAAUGUCAUCAAUAACUCUCUCCUCAUGAAUGCCUACAGCUUUGAUAAAAAUUUCUUUUAUAGCAAAGAGGUUAAGGCUGGCAGCCAUGUGACUGUGAUUUUGGACAGGCCUGCUACAGUGUACCGAGUUCAAGUGCUGACUGGCUCUAAAGUAAAGAGGAGGAAUCAGCUAAAAGAAGGGCAAGUAGAACUGGGCUAUGAUUCUACCAAUCUGAUCCAUGACUGCGAUGACUAUAUUCUUCUGGGGAUGCUAGAAAAUGGCAUCUUGAAUAAGCAAGUAUUAUCUGAAGAUUCUGGGAAGAAGGUGAAAUGUGUGAGAUUGCUUGUAACAGCCACUUUACCCUGUGGAUUAAUAGUCAGAAACAUCAAUCUCUGGGUUAAAGAAAAUUUAAAUAAUAUACAAAAAGCCAUUGGGAUUUCUGGGAGUGAGCAGGUUGGAAGUAGAGUCUACAGAGAUAACAAAACAUUAAAGUCUUAAAAUUGGCAA